UUUAUGGUUCUUCAAUAAGCUAAUUAAAUAUUUUAUAUAAAUAAAGUGGAAGAACAAAAGAAAACAAAUAAAAUACGAAUAUUAUCCAAUAUUUUACAAAAAACAGCAAUGUAAACAUCUAAGAGAACAUCUAAUUCUAUAUGCUAACCUCAGUCCAAAGAAAAUAUUUUGAAUUUCCUUUGGCUUGACAACACUACUGAUAAUAGUAUUGUAAUUGAAAAAAUAUGUGAAAGAAAUUUGUGCUCAGCUGAAGAAGCUCAAUUUUAGCUGAAGGAAUAUCAUAAAUUCUUGUACUGCUUGGGUAAAGAGUUCAGACUUAAUGAACUUCUUCAAGAUUAAAUGCUUUUAUUCCCAUCAGCUAUAAUAAGCAGAAUUUGGAGAAUGCAUUAACUCUUCACUAUUGAAUAUCCAUCUUUGUGCAGAGAUUUAGGAUUUAAUUUUAUUAGCUUCAAUCCUGAGAAAAUUUGCUUCUGGUCAUAGACUGAAAAUUAAAUUAAUAAAUUCAGAUCAACUUAUGAGAAAACUUUGGAAUCGUUAAAAUAAGAAUUCAAAGAAGAUUUGAAUUAAGAAAUUUGGCCAAGCAAUUUUGAUGAUAUGGUUAAAUAGCAUUUACUCUCUUUCCAUGUUAAUUUGACCACUUUCAAAGCCAUCGAAAACACAGUCAAUAACUUGAAUGGAGCUAUAAACUUUUCUGAAAUGUCUAUUUCUGAUAUUAAGAACAAAAUUAUUCCUGAAUUAAGAAAAAAUCUUCAUUAAUUUAAGGAAACCAAAUUUGAACUCGUUAAUUAAGAUUCUUAAGAUUAACGUACCAAGGAAGUAUAUCAAAAAAUGAACAACUUAGUUUUCCCAUAAGAAAUGGUUUCCCAUAUUUAAAAUGAAUAUCUUUUAACUCCUGAAAGCACUCAAUAUCUUAUUAUGGAAUAUAAAAAAUUCUUCAUGAUAUUUUUAGUCAAUAACACAUUCUCUUAAGUUCCUUCUGCCUUUGUAGAUGAAGUAUGGCAUACUCAUAUCAAUUUUGCAAAAAUUUAUUCCUAUUCUUGCAAAGUGUUAACUGGAGGAUUUAUAAAUCAUGUUCCAGCUACUAAUUUAAGAGAAAAUGAAUAGGAAAUAAUGAAGGAGGAAUUUAAUUAAACUAUGGAACUCUAUGAAAAAUUAUUUGGUCCAGUCAAUGAAGAAUACUGGCAAUUAAAAGGAGAAUUCAGAGAUGAUCAACAAAAUUUCUUUUGGAUAGAUCUAUAUUCCUUAAACAAGAAAUCUUAGGCUGAAUCAUAAAAUUCCCUUAAUGUUAAGGUAUAAGAAGGCUAAGAUUUAGAUGAUUCAAUUUCAACAUAACCUAAUUCAGUUAACUUAGAUAAUUAAAAUAUUUAAUGCACUGAUUGUACUAGUGACUGUUUAGCAAGAAUUACCUAAACUAAAAAUACAUAAAAUUCUUGUGAUGGUUGUGAUGGCACUUGUAAUGCUAAUAGAACAGGAACUGGUACUGGAACAACCUAAAAUAACAAGCUAAAGAACUCAUGUGAUGGCUGUGAUGGUUCCUGCAAUGCUAAUGGAACUGGAACUGGUACUGGAACAACAUAAAAUAAUUAGCUAAAGAAUUCAUGCAAUGGAUGCGAUGGUACUUGUAACGCUAAUGGAACAUCAUAAAAUAAAAAGUUAAACAACUCAUGUAAUGGCUGUGAUGGAACUUGCAAUGCUAACGGAACAGGAACUGGUACUGGAACAACCUAAAAUAACAAGUUGAAGAAUUCUUGUAAUGGAUGUGAUGGAACUUGUAACGCUAAUGGAACUGGUACUGGAGCAACAUAAAAUAAUUAGCUUAAGAACUCCUGCAACGGAUGUGAUGGUACCUGUAAUGCUAAUGGAACUGGAACAACAUAAAAUAUGAAGUUAAAGAACUCAUGUAAUGGAUGUGAUGGUAGCUGCAAUGCUAAUGGAACUACAUAAAAUUAAAUAAAAAAUUCAUGCAAUGGAUGUAACGGAACUUGUAACGCUAAUGGAACUGGUACUGGAGCAACAUAAAAUAACUAGCUUAAGAACUCCUGCAAUGGGUGUGAUGGUACUUGUAAUGCUAAUGGAACUGGAACAACAUAAAAUAAGGAGUUAAAGAAAUCAUGUAAUGGAUGUGAUGGUAGCUGCAAUGCUAACGGAACAGGAACUGGUACUGGAAUAACAUAAAAUAAUUAGUUAAAGAACUCCUGCAAUGGAUGUGAUGGUACUUGUAACGCUAAUGGAACAGGAACUGGUACUGGAACAACUUCAAACAAUUAGUUAAAGAACUCAUGCAAUGGAUGUGAUGGUACUUGCAACGCCAAUGGAACUGGAACUGGUACUGGAUAAACUCAAAACAAAAAUUUAAAAAACUCAUGUGAUGGUUGUGAUGGUAGUUGUAAUGCUAAAGGAACUGGCACUGGAACAACAUAAAACAAGAAGUUGAAAAACUCAUGCAAUGGUUGUGAUGGUACUUGCAAUGCUAACGGAAUAGGAAUUGGCCCUGGAACAACUUAAAAUAAUUAGUUAAAGAAUUCAUGCAGUGGAUGUGAUGGUACUUGCAAUGCUAAUGGAACAGGAACUGAAACUGGAACAACUUAAAAUAAUAAGCUAAAGAAUUCAUGCAACGGAUGUGAUGGAACUUGUAAUACUAAUGGAACAGGAACAACCUCAAACAAGUAGCAAAAGAACUCUUGUAAUGGAUGUGAUGGUAAUUGCAAUGCUAAUGGAAAUGGAACUGGUAAUGGUUCUGAAUAAACUUAAAACAAAAAAUUAAAGAACUCAUGUGAUGGUUGUGAUGGUACUUGUAAUGCUAAUGGAACUGGUACUGGAACUACCUAAAAUAAGUAGUUAAAGAACUCAUGCGAUGGCUGUGAUGGUAAUUGCAAUGCUAAUACAACUGGAACUGGAACAACUUAAAAUAAAAAAAGCAAGAACUCAUGCGAUGGUUGUGAUGGUAAUUGUAAUGCUAAUGGUACUGGAUCAACUCAAAAUAAUAAAAAUAAAAGUUCUUGUGUUGGUUGUGAUGGUGAUUGUUUUGCUAAACAAACUUUUGAAAAGAAGGACUAGAAAUGGUGCUUUGAUUGCUUAAGCUAGCCAGGAAAAAAAUAAAAGAAUCAAAUUCAUUCUAAUAAAUUGAAGAUCUAACAAUAAUAAAAAAUGAUCUAAUUGUGUGGAAAUUGUUUUGCUAUAGAUGACAAAGCUUUGAAUAGCUCAUAAUAGAAUCUUGCAAAGCUUUUGUGUAUUGCAAAACAAAAUAAUCAAGAAGAAUAGGAAGAUUUUUAAAACAAAAAAACUGAUAUUCUAGAAUUGGUUCAAGGAAUGAACAAAGUAAUUGUUUAGUGA